AUGUUCCGGAGGCCUAUGUUCACAAUUUUGAUCCUGGGGCUUUACUGUCUCUGUGGCAUCAUGGUGUUCCUAAUCUUUGAGAUCCGGGCACCUGUUGAGAACUGCCCACAUUACUUGAUGUUUGGUGAUACCUGCAAGAACCCAAAUACGUUACAAUUGGGAUUGAGACACUUUGCAGAUAUAUCACCACUGUACGAGGUGUUCAUGAUCAAUGCAAGCGAAACUUCUCACAUUGACAAUGUUUGCUACACUUUCUUCCACCUGGAUAUGACGUCAUAUCUUAUUUUCAAGUCUGUUGUUUAUCAGAACGACACAUCAGAUGUGACACUAUUCAUUGAGUCCGAAGUAUCUGGCAGACCUGGAGUGUUCCGAGCAGCCUGUAAAAGUGAACACAUGUACGACGUUUGUACAUUCCAAGAGUUCCUAUUGGGAAGAUACAACUGUUCAGAACAUCAUGAAGUGAUCUAUUAUUUCUACACAUGUUACCUACAUGGAGAUUGCAAGCGUCUAUACGGGCCACAGGACUUGCGGCACACGCUGUCAGCUACUCCACCCGAAUUGCUGUCAAAGUCGUGCUAUAAGUUGGCCAUGUCUGACCUGAAGCUCAAGACACUGGAGUUCCUGGGCCGUAUUUUCACUGUUUACCCCAACAAGCUACGUAAACGCUGUGUCUCCUCUUACAACGGCGCGUUGGCCAUAAAUUCCCAUAAAAUCAGUCCAGAUGAUGAGCUUGCCUACCCUUGACUACAUUUUACUUCAAAAUGAAGAUAUUCUUAAUUGUGUAUUAUAUACAUUAUAACUUAAUAGUUGAUAAAACCUUUUGUAGACAGAUA